AUGGAGGAAGAGCGUCUCUGGAAGUUCCGAAGGCCCGAGUGGCUUAACAGCGUCUGGGCCCGCAACUCUGGUGUCUACGGCGCAGGAGCUAUUUUCUCCAUCGCUUUCUAUAUUAUGCUCGACUCCGCCGUCUGGUCCAAAUCUCCGCGCAACGGCUCCGAUAUCCACGUCAAGUUUGUUGACUGGCUGCCCUUCAUCUUCUCCAGCUUGGGCAUGCUUAUCAUCAAUUCGGUCGAGAAGCAACGAUUGAGCGCCGAUUCCUUCAGUUAUAGCGGAAAUGGGGUGGCAUGGAAGGCUCGCGUCGUCUUGUUCCUCGGCUUCGCAGCUCUUGCUGGAGGAAUGGCUGGUGGUGUUACCGUCUUUGUUCUCAAGUUUGUUGUCCCAAGCGUCGCAAUGCCUGCGCUGGGUAUGGGUAUUGAGAACGUACUCAGCAACGCUCUGGUGGGCGUGAGUUCCGUCGUUCUUUGGAUCAGCCAGAACAUGGAAGACGAGUACGCCUACAACCUUUCUCUGUAA